AUGACUUUGGCGGAGCGAAAUGUCGCAGUUGGAAUGUUGCAGGGGGGUGUAACGCUAUUAGAAGUCGCGGCUAAGUUUGGACGGGCUGCGUCCACCAUCUACCGCCUCUACAAGGAGUAUAAUACCACCCGUAGCACUGAUGAUAUGCCUUAA